GCGUUUCACUUCGGAGCGUGAGAACGAGGACAGGUGGUCUCCGGCGCGCGCCUGCUUCAUUCCAGGCUGCUUCCUCUUUUCUCCUGUCUCCUAGCGGGGCGGGCCGUUCCUAACCUCCCGCACCGGAAAGCCAUUUAUCUCCUUCCAAGCAAAAAACUGACGACAGCGGAAGCUUCUAGCGCGCUUCGAGCUGGGCUCGGGCAACUUACCCAGCAGCGCAGAAGCCGAGCUCGCCAGUCUCCCGUGUUUGUGUCAUGCGUCGGGGCGAGCGCGCUGCGCGCCUGAGGCCCGGCCAGCUGCUCUAGGGGGCGCGUGUGUGCGCUCUCUGCGCGUCUCGGCAACCGAGGGCUCGGCGGCUGAGGAAGCCUUCAGCUGCGCCUCGGCUGCUGCCAGGGCGCGAGGCCGCUUGCCUGAGCCAACGAGCGAGCGGGCAGGUGCGGACGGAGAGGGGAUUUGCGCGCGGCCAGCCCGGGGCUCGCCGUCUGGGAGGCGACCAUGUCCGCGCGCUGUUGUGCGGGUCAGUUGGCCUGCUGUUGUGGCACUGCUCCGUGUUCACUCUGCUGCAAAUGCUGCCCAAAGAUAAAGCAAUCCACUAGCACCCGCUUUAUGUAUGCACUGUACUUCAUCUUGGUGACUCUCAUCUGUUGCAUCAUGAUGUCGGAGACGGUAGCAAAAGAAAUGAAAGCACAUAUUCCCUUUUAUGGCACACUAUGCCAACAUAUUCAGGCAGGUGACUCAUGUGAGAAGCUGGUGGGGUACUCUGCAGUUUAUCGAGUGAGCUUUGGAAUGGCCUUCUUCUUCUUCAUCUUCUUCUUACUCACCAUCAAAAUCAACAAUAGCAAAAGUUGCCGUGCAUACAUGCACAAUGGAUUUUGGUUCAUUAAACUUCUACUCUUGGCCGCCCUGUGCUCAGGAGCCUUUUUCAUUCCCGACCAGGAUACCUUUCUUAAAGCAUGGCGUUACGUGGGUGCUGCAGGAGGGUUCCUCUUUAUCCUCAUUCAACUCAUCCUGCUUGUAGAAUUUGCCCACAAAUGGAAUAAGAACUGGACAUCUGGCACAAGGCACAAUAAGCUCUGGUAUGGCUCCUUAGCUUUUGUGACUCUCAUUUUGUACUCCGUCGCUGUUGGAGCUCUGAUUGUGAUGGCUGUCUUUUACACUCGUGCCGAUGGCUGCAAUUUUAACAAGAUCCUGCUUGGUGUCAAUGGCGGCUUGUGCUUGCUUAUUUCAAUGAUAGCCAUCUCGCCCUGUGUCCAAAACCGUCAGCCACAUUCUGGCUUGCUGCAGUCAGGCAUUAUCAGCUGCUAUGUCAUGUAUCUCACCUUUUCAUCUCUUUCAAGCAAACCACCAGAAACUAUCCUAGAUGAGAAUCAGAAGAACAUCACAAUCUGUGUACCUGAAUUUAGCCAGGGGCUACAAACAGAUGAAAACUUGGUGACUGGACUGGGUACUGCCAUCAUGUUCUGUUGCAUUUUAUAUUCUUGCUUGACCUCAACAACGCGUGCAAGCUCUGAAGCCCUGAGAGGAAUAUAUGCCACACCGGAAACUGAAGUGGCUCGCUGCUGUUUCUGCUGUACUCCUGAUGAAGAUGCAGAUGUUGAAGAGCCUGUUGGCAGAAAGAGUGGCCAGAGAGUAAUUUAUGAUGAAAAGAAAGGGACUGUAUACAGCUAUGCUUAUUUCCACUUUGUGUUCUUCCUGGCUUCUCUCUAUGUGAUGAUGACGGUCACCCACUGGUUUCAUUAUGAAAGUGCUGCAAUUGAAAAAUUCUUCGCUGGAACCUGGUCAAUAUUCUGGAUUAAGUUGGCUUCGUGUUGGGUGUGUGUCCUCCUCUACAUUUGGACUCUUCUGGCUCCUUUCUGCUGCCCAACUAGAGGAUUCUCAGUGUGAAGCUGUUUCUGGUACAAAGUCCAUCAGCUUAGGGAAUGGCAAAAUAAAUUUGUGUACUAGCUAUCCUAACCUUGAUGUUUAGGAUACUACAUUAACUCUUAUGAAAUCACACAUUUAGAGUCUGGUUUUGAAAACUUAUUUACAUUAUGUGAAUUAAGAGAGCCUGGAGGAACAAGUUUAGUCAAAAGUGGCAUCUCAGUCUGGAAGUUAUGGAUUCUCUUAAACAUAAUGAUUGAUAAGACUGAUGCUGACAUGUUACAGUCCUUGCAGACAUUGAUCCUCACUUUUUUGUUGACAAAGAAACCAAACCCGUAGAUAAAAUUACAAAAUGGAACUUAAAACGUGACUGGGAGGAAGAUGUUGUCAUGGGUAGGAACGACAUCAGCUCGAGGGUUUCUUUUUCUGUAUUAGACGCUCAUAGUAAAUUAUUGGAAAUGUAGAUUGUGGGUGAAAAGGAUUUGUGGGUAUAGGAAUAUUUAUUUAUGCUAUUAAUGAAAGGCACCUUUAUGAAUCACUGGGUGACAUGAUGUAGAAUCUGAAAACCUGAAUGGGAUGCAAGACACUGUAAAGGUUGGUGCAAUUAUGAGUCGCUCUGGGAGUGAGUGCAUCUAAUAAAAUAUUCAGAGCAGAAGCAGUGAGCAACAAAAUACAAAUCUGCCUAUAGCUAGCCUAGUAAGUCUGGAGAGUUGCCCUUUUUUGCAGGGGUUGUUAAGAGUCUACAACGUGUAAACUUAUUUAAAACUGUGAUCUAAUAGACUUUAAGAAAUCAGGUAAAUACUUAUAUUGUAAAGUAGCCAUACCCUGAAAAAUAAUUGGGAAUGUUCAGAAUUUAUUUACAGCAGUUUCUAUAUCACAUCACUUUUUUAUCACAGAUUUCAUCCCUAAAUACAUUUUGAUGUGAUUAUAUCAUUUAUGGGUAGAGGAUUACAAUGAGACAAAGCAAAUUUAAUUCAUUGUAAUAUCAGCGGCCUAACUUCUAUUUCCCAUGCAUACCAAAGUCGGCUUAGUGAGUCUUUCAAUACCAGGAUCAGAACUAACUUUUUGCAAGCCCUUAUAUCUGAGUGGAGUUAUGUUGCAAGAGAAAACUAUUGGGUCAUAACUAUUUAGUGCACAAAGCCUGCAAUCCUAUACACACUUACCUGGAAGUAAGAGCCAUAUAAUAAAACAGGACUAGAUUCUGAGUUACCAUGCCUCAAAUUGCGCUGUGUACUAAUUUAAUCAUGAAACGAAAGGGCAUGCAUGCUUCACAUAUUAGCAUAUUGCUUUUUAGAUUCAUUUUAAUGUUGAUGCAUGCCAGUGUCUCCGAUGAAAAUUAAUGGCAGUAAUUUAAGUAGUAUCAUUCUGCUAACUGUGGUAUCUCAACUGCCAUGUUCCAGUAAGUUGUUUUGUUUUAAAAAGCAAAUCAAUGUAGUUCAAUUGUUAAAACAAAAGGUGCAUUAGUUGUGGCCCACCUAAGAAAUGCUCUAAUGCUUUGGCUAUUGUAUUAACUGCAACAGCUGCUUUCAUUUAAUAUUUCCUGAUAAUUGGAGAUGGCAGCCAUCUGUCAUUGACAGAGGAGUGCUGCUUUUCAGAGUAAUGAAGACUCCUUGAACUUCAAUUCCAAGGUUUGGUCACAUUUCCUGUUUUAUCUUGCUUAGUUAGUUACAUAUCCCCCCAUACUAGUAUAUGCAGGGCUUAGUGAAUUCUAUAGGGUUGGUUGGCAUGCAUAUAUAGAGGAGCUGCACAUUACCAGAGCUUUGUUGAUUGAGCAUUCUGAAGCAGAAAGCACCAGCAAAAUCCUAAAGCAGCUUAAUAUGAGAAAUUGGCUCAAUUGAUCCAAUCGGGGGAAGCUUUGUUUUCGCCAGCCAGAUCUUUGAGGCACCUGGUUUUAGUGUAAUGAAUUCAGCUACUGUGUUUAAAACUAGGGUGGCUAACCUGUUGGACUCUCCCUCCCAUGAGGACCAGCUGGCCUGGCCCACAGGCAGGGAUGAUUGGAGUUGUGGUCUUGCAAAUUCUGGAGGGCCAAAGGGUAGCAACCCUUGGUUUAAAGAGAGUGAUAACCUGCUUUGGAACACCAGUCUCCUUGUUUCCUCAGGUUACUUGAGAAUUUGUUUUUCUCUAAUCAAACAGAACAGCAUUUGCUGUAUCAAGCAGGCCUUUUCUAAUUGAUGCUACUUUAAUUAAGUUCUGGAUAUUGGACCACUGUGAACCCCUAGAUGUCAGCAGUCUCUUUAUAUUAAAUGUUCUUGAAAAUUUAUGGGGCUUUCAUUCUCUCAAACCUUUGAGAGUGGUACACACAAUGGAGGAGCUUUAAGGCUUAUUAGACACGAUAGUGUCUUGCCUUUUGAGUGUGCUUAAAAAGGCAGCUGGGAUAAGCUCAGGAAGAGGAAAUGGUGCUACUGUUUAAAAGUGACCUUUACCAUCUCCAGGACUUGUUAGAAUAAUUCCUUGGAGACUUCACUAGCCUCUAUAUUCUGAAGUUUGCAGAGAGAGAGAAAUGAAUCCUUUAAUGAAACGAUAGCAAAGACAGGUGUAAACUGCAAAUGGCAAAGAGAUGUAAAAUGCUGGUGCUCAAAUAUGACCCUGCGAAAGGGAACCCCAGGGACCAUUUAAAAAUGUACUGAAUUUCUUACACUACUGACUCCUUUCCUUACUUAAUGUGUCUUUGUACUUUAUAAUCUGAAGAACAGCACUCAAAAUAAGAAUGCUUCAUGCAUAAAGAUGAGUCUAAAGGGGACAUAAUUAUGUCCAAUUGUUUACAACCCUUUUAUUGUGCGAUGUUGGGUUAUUUGUUUUUCCACGUGUCUUUUAAAGGCCUUAAAUCCACUGACCUUACUAAUAACCGUGGCUAACAAUGCAGCUCUCCCUAACCAGCAUCUAUUUGUGCUACUAAGUGCUUUAUCACGAAAUUGUAACUGAGAAAAAAUGUUAUAUAUAUAUAUAUAUCUCCUGAAUUCUCUUAAGUCCUAUUCAAUUACUUUCCCUUUAAAAUCAGUGUGUGAUAACUGUCAUAAUUUACAAGUCAUUUAAACAAGAUUUGCAAAAACUGUACAUUGUCAAAUUUGAAAUCUUUCUAGCAUUGAAAUGCCCACUUUAAAGAACUGUUUAGUUUGGGCUAUGGCAGCACUCAGACCACCUGCUUUUGCCAAAGAAUUCUCCUACAGAAAUUAAGAAUAUUGUGAAAAGGUAGAGGAAAAUCCAUUAAAUGUCCACAAUAAACCUUCUGUUUUAUUUUCCUGUGUGUGAAAUAAACUAUUAAAUGUUUCUUGGCAGUGUUUGAAAGCAAAGAAAGUGUGGGGCACAAUCUGUUGGGAAGAUCUCUUGUACAAGCUGUUGACAUGAAUGGCAGUUGUGCAGGAGCUCAGAUUCCAGUCUGUACCCAUUCAUUUCAACAAGGCUUGCACAAAACUUCCUGGUGGAGUUGUAACCAAGGGGAUCAAUAAAGCAGCCCAUGCUCUCUCCAAAUGCACCACCGACUUUUAAUAUCCUAACUCUCUAAGUGUUCCUUUUAUAUAUUUUUUAUCUGCAAUGUUUUUUCAUGUCAGUUUUAAGGAAUGAAUUAAGAAUAGAACAUAAUUCAUAAUGAGUUUUUUAAAUGUUUUCAAUAAGUUUUUUUUAUACAAUCUUGUUCUUUUUUCAAUUUUGGGAAGGAGGGAGUUCAGAAUUAUAGCUCAAAGAGGUUACCAUUUGAGUCAUGUAACUUGUAGCAGUUUUAAGACAAUAUGGAUUUGUGAGUUUUUUAGUUGUUUGAGAGAAAUGUUAAGUGUAAAACAAGCAUUGUGUAUGGUUUUUAAAUCAUUUUGUUGGGUUUUCUAGGAAUAUUGAAAAAGUAUUAUAGAUGUAAUUGUUUGGCUGACCAAUAAAGUAUCCUUUGUUUAAAA